AUCGGUGGGCACGCUGGACGUCGGGGGCGGGGCUUCCGCCGACACAUGCGCACGGCGGGGCGGGCCUUCUCUCUUCUCGCUGAGCGCCGCCAACAUGGUGUUCAGGCGUUACGUGGAGGUUGGCCGGGUGGCCUACAUUUCCUUUGGGCCCCAUGCUGGAAAGCUGGUCGCAAUUGUAGAUGUUAUCGAUCAGAACAGGGCUUUAGUGGAUGGACCCUGUACUCGGGUGAGGAGACAGGCCAUGCCUUUCAAAUGCAUGCAGCUCACUGACUUCAUCCUCAAGUUCCCACACAGUGCCCGCCAGAAGUAUGUACGAAAAGCUUGGGAGAAGGCAGACAUCAAUACGAAAUGGGCAGCCACAAGAUGGGCCAAGAAAAUUGAUGCCAGAGAAAGGAAAGCCAAGAUGACAGACUUUGAUCGUUUCAAAGUCAUGAAGGCAAAGAAAAUGAGGAACAGAAUAAUCAAGACUGAAGUAAAGAAACUUCAAAGAGCUGCUAUCCUGAAAGCGUCUCCUAAAAAAGCAGCUGUUGCUAAAGCCGCCAUUGCGGCCGCAGCGGCGGCGGCUGCUAAAGCUAAAGUCCCAGCCAAGAAGGCCACAGGGCCAGGCAAGAAGGCUGCAGGCCAGAAGGCUCCUGCUCAGAAGGCUUCAGGCCAGAAGGCAGCGCCUCCUGCUAAAGGUCAGAAGGGUCAGAAGACCCCAGCCCAGAAGGCGCCUGCUCCAAAGGCAGCUGGCAAGAAAGCGUGAGGCUACACAAAGAAUAAAGGUUCUUUUUGACAGUGGUGAA